AUGGCCUGUGGGCGGCUGGUGGCGCGUGUUGCUCUGCAGGGGCGCGCGCUACUCUGCAGGGUGGCGCACGCUUCUCUGCAGGGUGGCGCGGGCUGCUCUGCAGGGGCGCGCGCUGCUCUGCAGGGGUGCGGGCUGCUCUGCAGGGUGGCGCGUGUUGCUAUGCAGGGGCGUGCGCUGCUCUGCAGGGUGGCGCACGCUUCUCUGCAGGGUGGCGCUGGCUGCUCUGCAGGGGCGCGCGCUGCUCUGCAGGGGCGCGGGAUGCUCUGCAGGGGUGCGGGCUGCUCUGCAGGGGCGCGGGCUGCUUUGCAGGGGCGAGCGCUGCUCUGCAGGGGCGCGCGCUGCUCUGCAGGGGCGCGGGAUGCUCUGCAGGGGCGCACGGGCGAUGCGCGGGUUAGGGGCUAG